CAUUGCUUAAAAAACAUUAGCUUUUAGCAGAGCAUGUGGAAUUAUAACAGAUUUCCUAAUGGUUAUAUGCUUUUUAUCUCAGAGCGGUGUUUCUCCUAUGAAUUCGACUAUGCCUUAUAGAAAAUAUCGCAAGCUAGAGGGAGUUGAUCUAUUUAGUGAGAAGAGGCAAGAUGAAUCAUGUACAGUACUUGAAGAUUUAUGGGCCGAAAUACUUACUCAAGAUGAAUCAUGUACAGUACUUGAAGAUUUACCGGACGAAAUACUUACUCAGAUCCUGUCACAUCUGAAUCUGAAGGAACUUGUGAGGACUAGUGUUGUCUCAAGUAGAUGGAGAGAUUUGUGGAAGUUUACACCUGUGGUUCUUGAAUUUGAUGGUUGUUAUACUGAUGGAGCCAAUAAGGAUAGAAAAAAGUUCAAAGCAUGGGUCAAUCACAUUCUGAAUUUGCAUCAGGCACAUGUUGAUGGUUUUAUUGUUCGUUUUUAUUUAGACUGGCCAGCAGGUUUCAUGGAUAAAUGGAUAAAUCGUGCCCUGAAGAAGGAAGCAAGAAAUAUUGAGAUUAACUUGUUACCUAUGUCUAACCCCGCACACCGUGGAUAUUAUGCACUUCCUAGCCUGCAGAAGUCACUCCAUUCAUACGGAGCCAAAUCUGCAUUCUGCUUCCUGACAUCCCUGAAAUUGGUAGGUGUUGGUAUCCACGAUGACACACUUCAUUAUUUUCUAGCUUCUUCCACGAGUCUUGAAUGUUUGACUAUAUGUGGCUCACGUUUCACAAGAAGUCUGCGUAUAGUUGAUCCAUUGCCGAAGUUGAAACAUAUUGAAAUAUCUCAUUGCAAUAAAAUGAAGAGUGUGGAGAUAUUGGUAGAAAGUAUUGUUUCCUUCACCUACGAUGGAGCAAUGAUCAAUUUGUUCUUCAAUAAAACUCCAAAAAAUCUUUCUGCACUAACACUUGCCGGAAAGUUUUGUCAGUCCUUUUUUCUUCACGCUUACAAACACUUGAGUUACUCAUUUCAGUUGGAGAGGCUCAACCUCGACUUUCCUAAUAAGCAUGUUAAAAGACCACUACGAAGCCUGGCUUUUUAUAAAUCGCCUUAUUUGCCUCAGUAUUUGAACCUUAAGUGUAUGGAAAUAACAGCUUCUUCAAUUGUUGGACGAAACCUUCUUUUUUGCACAAAGCUUAUUGAGAUGUGUCCCCUUUUGUACAAAUUUAGAAUCAAGACGGAGCGCUCAAUUUUUAUUCCUGACCUGAGUGCUGCCGAGGCCUCUGUAUUCCAUCAUGAAAAUCUUAAGUUAUUUGAAUUAGUCGGGUAUCUUGGGUGUCCUAGUGAAGAGGAGUUCAUUACCCUUUUACUGAAAAUAGCCCCAUCUUUGAUGACGGUGACCCUUGAUACGGAGAAUGAUUUUAACGAACUAGCAUGGCAAUGUCAUUUCAUUGAAAAAAAAUUUGAUUGGGUAAAUGGAUCAAAGCUUCCCGAGUUUGCUUAUGCCAAGUCAAGGAUUGAAGCAAAAGAGUUUGCUGAAAGAUUGCAAUCCAAAUUACCUCAGAAAACACAAAUGGUUAUAUUGUGA